GAGGGUGCUCAUGUCAUUUUAUGUCGCUACCCAUUUGCUUUUUAGCUCCAGUUCUCUGAGGAUAUCAGCUCAGACAUGAGCAGUCGCAGUAACUCGCUGGCACGGGAGUUCUUGACGGACGUCAACAGGCUGUGCAAUGCUGUGGUCCAGAGGGCAGAGGCCAAGGAAGAUGAAGAGGAAGAAACGCACAUGGCAGCACUGGGGCAAUACCUGGUUCAAGGCCGUGGAUUUAUUUUGCUUACCACACUGAACUCUAUUAUUGAUCAGGAGCUGACAUGUCGGGAAGAACUUCUCACUCUCCUCCUGUCACUUCUACCACUGGUGUGGAAAAUCCCCGUCAAAGAAGAAAAAGCAAUAGAUUUUAAUCUACCCUUUACAGUUGAUAUAUGCCUGACCAAAGAGAACACUUCAAGUUCUGUGAAAUCUACUCACGAUAAGUUAGAAUUAGAUGGAAAGAGUUGCUCUCCUCUUCAGGCUUCCGUAAAGCUAAAUCCUCGAUCUCGAAAAAGCGGGCGUCUUCGCAAGACCACCCAUCGUUACUCUGUGCGAGAUGCCAGAAGGUCUCAGCUGUCCACUUCGGAUUCAGAAGGCAAUUCGGAUGACAAGGCCACGGUCAUGAUGAAACACAGACGGGCCCAGUUCCUGCAGCCUUUUGUAACACGUCCUCCUAGGGACAACUGCCUUGUAGGGAGAAGUGACUGCCUACCAGCUGAAGCAGUAUCAAAUUCUAAUCCUGAUACCUCUAACCCAGAAAAUUCCAGCCAAAUUCCAGCACAGGAAUUAAAACUGGAGAUUUUGGAUGAGUCAGCUGCGGUGAUUGUUGAGAACAACAUGGACAACUCUCCAUUUGACUUAUGCCGUGUAUUACUGUCACUCCUGGAAAAAGUGUGCAAAUUUGAUGUGGCUUUGAAUCACAGUUCUGUUCUUACAGCUAGUGUGAUACCCACCUUAACUGAGUUCUUAUCAGGAUUUGGAGACUCUUGCACUGUGGGUAGCAGUGCAGAAAAUGAAGUAGUUUCUGCAGGGUGGACAGAAGAACCUGUGGCUUUGAUCCAAAGGAUGCUCUUUAGAACAGUGCUUCAUCUUUUGUCUUUAGAUAUUAGCAAUACAGAAACAAUGCCUGACAACUUACGAAGAAAUCUAACAGAUUUACUUAAAGCAGCAUUAAAAAUCAGAAUUUGCUUGGAAAAACAACCUGAUUUUUUUGUUCCAGGGCACAAAAAAACGCUACAGCAGCAGGUGUGGGAUGACUUAGUAUUUUCUAGCUAUCGUCACAGAGCCUUGCUUCUGCCUGAGAUACUGGAGGGUGUCUUGCAGAUUUUGAUCUGCUGCCUACAGAGUGCAGCCUCCAACCCAUUCUACUUUAGUCAAGCUAUAGAUCUGGUUCAUGAGUUCAUACAGCACCAAGGAUUUAAGCUAUUUGAAGUAACAGUGCUUCAAAUGGAAUGGCUAUGUAUGAAGAAUGAGGGAGUAACUGGGGAAGCCUCCGAGCACUUGAAAGCCCUAAUCAACAACAUCAUGAAAAUCAUCAGCACUGUCAAAAAAGUGAAGUCAGAGCAGCUUCAUCAAUCCAUGUGUACAAGAAAGCGGCACAGGCGAUGUGAGUACUCUCACUUCAUGCACCACCACAGAGAUCUUUCCGGGCUUUCUGUAUCUGCUUUUAAAAACCAAGCUUCCAAAAGCCCCUUUGAAACAGCUGAGGGAGAAGUUCACUAUCCUGACCGCUGCUGUUGCAUUGCUGUUUGUGCGCACCAGUGUCUGCACUUGUUGCAGCAAGUCUCUUUGAGCAGUACCUGUGUGCAGAUUCUCUCGGGGGUACACAACGUAGGAAUAUGCUGUUGUAUGGACCCAAAGUCUGUGAUUAUCCCAUUGCUUCAUGCUUCCAAGUUACCAAUAUUAAAAAACUUCCAGCAGCACAUAUUGAGCGUCCUUAACAAGUUUAUAUUGGAUCAGCUGGGUGGAGCUGAUGUUUCUCCAAAAAUUAUACAGGCGUCAUGCAAUAUAUGUACUAUUGACUGUGAUCAACUUGCUCUGCUGGAAGGUGCCUUGCAAGGCAACGCUGGUGACGUUGGUCUUGCCUCUAGUCCCUCUUGCAGAGUUCAGGGGAUUCUGCCUAGUAGUGGAUCUGAAGAUAUGCUCUUGAGAUGGGAUGCGCUGGAGGCUUAUCAGGACCUUGCUUUUGAAGAAGACAAACUACGUGGCAUGCAGAUUGCAAGCCAUAUAUGCCACUUGAUGCAAAAGGGAAAUGCAGUGGUCCAGUGGAAACUCUAUAACUGUAUUUAUAAUCCAGUGCUCCAGAGAGGUGUUGAGCUAGCUUGCUAUGCUCAACAAGUGGGAAUAACUACAGCUGCUAAACAUGUGUGUGGUUACCACAGCCAGGGUUUGCCUUAUGAAGUACUUCAGAUUUAUUUGCAGACACUCCCCGUGUUGCUUAAAUCCAGGGUAAUUAGAGACUCAUUUUUGAGCUGUAAUGGAGUAAACCAAAUGAUUGAAUUAAAUUACUUGGACACUGUAAGGAGCCAUUCUCUGAAAGUAUUAGAGACUUUGAUCCUCUGCCUUGGAGACCAGCAGAAAGACCAAGCAGUGGCAGAACUAGAAGCCUUGACCAGUGACCAGAAGGAGGCUGCCUCUGACUUGCCUGCUUCUCUUUGCAGCCAACACACCAUCUCAGAAGUUCCUCAAAGCCUCAGCAAGUUUUAUGCUGGCCUCAAAGAGGCUUACCCGAAAAAGAAAAAGUUUGUGAGUCAAGACGCUCAUGUCAACACAAUAAACCUGUUCCUCUGUGUUGCUUUUUUGUGUGUAAGUAAAGAAGGAGACUGUGAUCGGGAUUCAGCUAAUGACUCUGAAGACACUUCAGGAUACGAUAGCACAGCCAGUGAGCCACUAGGCCACAAGUUACCCUAUGUGUCACUGGAAAGCCUUGCUUUGCCUUCCCUAGAAUGUAUUCACAGGGCUGCAGAUAUUUGGUCCAUGUGUCGUUGGAUCUAUUUGUGUAGUCCAGUUUUCCAGAGACAGUUUCACAGACUUGGAGGGUUUGAUGCAUGCCACAGGUUACUAAUCCUCAUUAUUCAGAAACUUGCUAAGAGCAAGGAAAAGGAGCAAGAAAAAAAGGAGAGGGUAUUGAAUCAAAGCAACAAAAGUUUGCAUGGGAGCCCUCGUGCUGAACCUCUCACCAAGGAUGACUCUGCUCAGUUGGCUGAAAACGGAGAGUUGGCACAAUCAGAAUAUGACAGUUUUGAUAAAAAUACUGCUGAUGCAGAACAGCUGGUGUCAGAAUGUGUUUCCUGUGACAGCUCUUUGAGUAGGGAAGGCACUUCAGUUACUCCCGUUGCUAAUCUUGAAGAGAUGAAGCCUUCUGUGAGAGAAGAGGUUGAGUGGGCACUUCAGGGAAUCAGACUCCUUGAAGCUCUGCUGACAAUCUGUCUGCACAGUGUGAGCAGUAUGCAGAAGACAGAAAUGGAGUCGUUUCACCAGAACACUUGUGUGGAUGAUAUUUUACUUGAAGUAAGAGACCAGCUUGCUCAAUCAAAAGUGAUAGAAAGCGACUUGGCAAAGCCUCUGUUGGAUUCACUGCUUCGUGUCGCGUUGGGCACAUAUUCUGCUGAUUUGGAUCACUCUGAAGAAAAACUUGAAAAGCCCCAUCACACUGACAAGGAGCCUGUUCCACAACCUGAAGACAUUUCAGAAGAAGCUGAGGAGUCACAGUGCUGCAGUCUUAAACUUCUUGCCGAAGAGGAAGGAUAUGAAGCAGACAGUGAAAGUAACACUGAUGAUAAUGAAACCGAGGGUGACG